AUGACGGACAAGAAAUCAGAGCUCGACGUUGAGAGCGCAAAGGAGGAAUUUAGCGCCGCCGUUGCUCAAUAUGAUUCCUCCGGCCCCAUCACGGAGGCCGAGAAGGCGCUACGAUGGAAGCAGGACAAGCGCAUCGUGCCAUUGUCGGCUGGCAUUUAUUUCCUAUGCUAUUUGGAUCGGUCCAACAUAGGGAAUGCCAAAAUCAUGAACGCGUCGACUGGCGACGAUCUCAUGACUGAGACCGGCAUGACCAAUUUUCAAUACACCAUCUCGCUUAUGAUCUUCCUUGUAGCAUAUGGUCUAUUUGAAGUUCCCUCCAACAUCCUGCUCAAGAAGUUAAGACCUUCCCGUUGGAUCGCGUUUCUCAUGUUCGCAUGGGGCGCUCUCACUAUAGGCCUCGGAGGUGUUCACAGCUAUGCCUCCGUGACCGUUGUUCGAUUCUUGCUCGGAGUGUUUGAGGCCGGUCUGUUUCCUGGUCUAGUCUACUACCUCACUUUCUGGUACAAGACCGAGGAGCGAAGUAUUCGCGUGGCUUUCAUCCUCGCUUCGGCGACUCUAGCGGGAGCUUUUGGGGGUGCCAUCGCUUAUGGCAUCGGACAUAUGAAUCAAGCCGGUGGGCUCUCUGCUUGGCGCUGGCUAUUCAUCAUAGAAGGCGUGCCGUCGUGCCUUUCUGCUUUCUUAGUCUGGUUCCUACUGCCGGAUUAUCCCGAGGAUGCGAAAUGGUUGAGUAUCCAAGAAAGGGAUCUGGCGGUGCAGCGACUUCACAUCGAGGGAAGUAAGGGUCACCACAAGGCGAUGACCUGGGUCGAUGCCAAGGCGACCUUAGUUGACUGGAGACUUUGGGGCCAUUAUCUCGUGUAUUUUGGUAUUUCAACCCCGUUUAGCUCGCUUUCGCUAUUUACCCCUUCCAUCACGGCAGGGUUAGGUUACCACGAUCUUCAGGCCCAGCUAAUGACCGUACCGCCGUAUGCUGUCGCUUAUGUUGUCCAAAUCCUGACCUCCUGGUCGGCGGACCACUUCAACGCCCGUGGCCUGCAUUCGGCCGCAUUGGCCACUAUCGGAGCCGUUGGUUUCUUGGCAUCGGCCGUGCUACCGGCAGAUGCGUAUGCGUCCCGGUACGGAUGUCUAAUCGUCGCGGCGUCAGGCGCCUUCGCCUGUAUACCGCCACUGCUUGGUUGGCUUUCGUCCAACAUCUUCAGCACCGCCUCGGUCGGUCUUGCGAUUGCGCUGAACAUUGGACUGGGCGGCGCGCCUGGCCAGAUCGUAGGUGUCUGGAUCUACAAGGCGGACGAGGCACUGUUAGGAUACCCCACGGGCCAUUGGACAAACGCAGCCUUGCUUUUUAUGGUGGCAGUGGGUUGUGUAAUGCUAAGGGUGUACUAUGCGUUCCGUAAUAAGAAGAUAAUUCGUGAUGUUGCUGAUGGGGAGGAAAUCCGGUUGUUCAAGUACUGA